AUGUGGUUCAUCAAAGAAGCGGGCAAGUCGUUCAUCAAGGAGGGCAACCCCAAAUACGUAGAGGAAUUGAAAAAUCGAUUCAAGGAGAUCCAGAAGACGGAAUACAAGACACCUACGAGACCCAGCAGAGAAUUGAUCAAGAAGAUGAACAACGCAAUAUACACGGCGUCAAACGAAGAACCAGACUCCAACGUUCUAUCCGACGACACAUCGCGGCCACUGUUUGACUUCAGGAACCCAAGCAGUCAGGAGACCAUCGUCGGCAGGAUGAUGCUCAUGACAGAACACGCCGUCUGGUACCAGCACUCCACCAAGCAGACCACCAGCGACGAGGGUAUGCUCAAGCACGACUCCAUCAGCACCUACAACAUGAUGGUGGCCCACGCGGUGCUCAUGAAGAUGUUGAGGGAUGAAGAGCCCGAUAUCGACCCAAGCGAAUUCAUGUUCGCCGGCUUCGACCCCUCCCUGGCCUUCCACAGCGGUGCACAGGAGAUCUUCAACAACUUCCUAGGUGCGAAGAUGAAAAAGCAGCUGACGGCGCAAGACCGCAUCCAAAGAAUAAGAGAACAUAAACAACAGUUAAAAACACUCAAGGCCAAGAUCAUACACAGGUACCAGAUGACAGAGAAGCGCAUAGCAGCCCUCAGAGCCACGAUCAACAUGAAGAGGACAUACAUGCAAGAAACAACCGACCCCAAGCGCAAGAAGUCACUGGAAGAUGCCAUCAAGAGGAUAGAGCUGCACAUCGUUAGAUGCGAGGAAGCGAGAAAUAUGAAAGGCACACGACCCAUCGCCGAGAAGACCAGACUCAAAACCAUGGCCGAAUUUCUGGCCCAGGCAAGAAAGGGCCACAACCGAAAGAAAAAGACGGGCAGUAACCAGAACACCAAGGCCAAGGGCAAGAAAACCUCCCGCUGA